AUGUCCUUUGUAACCGUCGCUGUUGCUACGCUACCGUCUGUCCCUCUGGAUUUUGAGGGUAAUAAGAAACGCAUUCUUGAGUCCAUACGUAUUGCGAAAGAAAAGGGUGCCAGGUUGAGAACAGGUCCAGAGUUGGAGGUUCCGGGAUAUGGAUGGUAUGCUUCUGAUCAAUUCGUGAGACAUGUCUUCUUGAUCAUUCUGACUGUUCACCAGUCUCGACCAUUUCCUAGAAGGAGACACAUUCCUUCACUCUUGGGAGUGAGCGGUUCUAAAGCUCCUCUGUUAAUUGAUAUUCUGGCGGACCCUGUGUCUCAGGGCAUGCUACUUGAUAUUGGUAUCCCCGUUCGACAUCGCAAUGUCAGGUACAACACCCGCAUCCUGUGUACUUAUCGCCACAUAUACGGUAUCCGCGCCAAACAGUCUCUUGCCAACAAUGGAUUGUAUCGCGAAGCACGGCAUUUCUCAGCAUGGACAAAAGAGCAUACAGUGGAAACUUACUAUUUGGAGAAGUGUGCGCGGGACGUCACAGGCCAGAGUACAUGUCCGAUCGGGGAUUUUAUCCUUUCAACUCCAGAUACAGCUGUGACCUGCGAGACAUGUGAGGAGCUUUUCACACCGCUCAAUCCAUCGACAUUUGCGGGGUUAAAUGGAGCGGAAAUUAUACUGAACAGCAGUGCUUCUCACGCCGAACUACGGAAACUGAAAUCAAGACUUGACCUGAUUGCUAACUCGACGCGAAAACUUGGAGGAGUAUACGUUUAUGCAAACGCUAUUGGUAUUGAUGGCGAGGCACGAAUGCUCUUCGAUGGGUCAUCCAUGAUCCUCGUGAACGGUGAGGUGGUUGCGCAGUCAUCGCAAUUUUCUCUCCGUCCUGUAGAGGUAACGAUUUCCACAGUUGACGUGGAACGGGUACGUAGCUACAGAAGUGAGCAUAGUCGCGGAGUACAAGCUGCCCGGCAAGUAGACUUUCCACGAAUCGAGUGCGAUAUCCACCUUGGCCGUACUACGGAAGAGAUCUAUCUAGCGGAUACGUUGGAGAUAGCGAAGCCCAUCGAGCUUAAGCUCUUGGACACUAUGGAGGAGAUAUACAUGGCUACUGCCGUAUAUCUGUGGCAAUAUCUGAUACGUGCAAACGCCGCUGGCUUCUUUCUCGCCUUAUCAGGUGGCUUGGAUAGCUCUAGUGUAGCGCUUUUCGUCUAUGGGAUGGCGCGUCUUGUUGUAAUCUCCAUUGAGAACGGUGAUGCGGGCACUCUACAAGACUUACGCCGCAUCACGGGCGAGCCGGAAUUCACUCCAACAAAGCCAGAAGAAAUUGUUUCCCGAUUGCUGCAUACCUGCUACAUGGGCACCAUACACUCUUCUGACGAAACCAAGUCUCGCGCUAGGCGGCUCGCAGAGACUAUCGGUGCCUAUCACUCUGAUAUAAACAUUGACGAUGCUGUCUCUGCCUUUGAGAAUAUCGCCUCCAAGGCUCUCAACGGAUUUGCACCCAAGUUUGAGUCUGAAGGUGGUUCGGUGGCAGAAGGAUUGGCGAGACAGAAUGUACAAGCACGCAGCCGUAUGGUGCUUGGUUAUGAGCUUGCACAAUUGUCAACUACCGCGCGCAAGCUCCCUCGUGCUGGUGCCUCUUUGCUAGUCUUGGGAAGUGGUAAUGUGGAUGAAAACCUACGAGGUUAUUACACCAAAUAUGAUGCCAGCAGUGCAGAUCUAGCACCACUAGGAAGUAUUUCGAAGAAUGACGCAAAAGAGUUCCAGCGAUGGGCGAGGGAGAAAUGGAAUAUUCCAAUCAUAACUGAGUUCCUGGAGGCUACGCCAACAGCAGAGUUAUUGCCUCUUGCACAGAAUCAGAAUGACGAAGACGAGAUGGGAAUGACCUAUGCCGAAUUAUCUGUGUUCGGUUUGUUGCGCAAAAGGGAUAAAUUGGGUCCCUGGUCAAUGUAUCUUCGACUUCUGAGUGAUUGGAAUGACCAGAGCCCGAAGGAUGUGGCAGAAAAGGUUAUGAGAUUCUUUCGCUUCUAUUCUAUAAACCGUCAUAAGGCGACAAUCAUCUCUCCCAGUGUACAUUUGUCGGCUUACAACCCUGAUGACAAUCGUCAUGACGAGCGACCAUUUUUGUAUGUGGUAUAUUGGCCAUGGCAAUUCAACAAGAUAAAAAAGCACGUGGAGGAGCUAGAGAAAAAGCUGAAGCAGAAGUCUGGCAACUAA